GACUUUUAUAUGAUCCCAUCGUUACAAUUCCUGACAAUAUGGAAUUAUCUGGUUAUACCUUUGAUUGCGAUUUGCCUGUCGAUGUAAUUGUUCAAAUUGCGAGAAUUAAUAUUCAGAAACUUGCAAUAUCAAUGGUUGAUUCUUUUCUUAACACAGAUUCGACAUUUUUCAAUUUUCGACAGGAAGUUACACGGCUAAUGUUAAUAUUUCGAUGUAAGAUUUAUGAUUUAAGUAAUCGGGAUUUAGAACUGCUGCGAAUAACUUUCGGUACUUUUGAUGCAAUGAUUAAUUUUUCUUCAGUGAGCAGUGCUUGUUGCAUCGAAGGCAAUGUCUCGAACUCUUCGCUUUAUCAUUUUUUUCACGGACAAUUAGAAUGGCGAUGGAUUUAUUUGACAAUGAUGUAUAAACUCGAUUACUCGAGAGGUAUACUUAUGAAUGAUGGUUCUGAAUUUUCAAUAGAAGUCUUGCUUUUAAUGUAUGAUCUUAUAACUUUGUCAAUAUCGAAAUACAACAAAUGCAACAGCAGCGGUUCAAUUAAUUUUGCAACAACUUUCAUCUGUUCUUGUGUCAAAGAAAUUUGGACGAUAAUCUACUUGUUAAUGAUGAAACUACAACAUGAUUCCAUCGAUAUUUGGACGAUCUUAUCAAAGAUAUUCAGCAUCAUGUAUGAGGAGAAAAAUCCUUAUCAAGAAAUUCCUUCGAAAAAAAAUCUUCUUCGCACUUCCAGCAAAAUAGCAACAAAAAAAAAUCUUGAUUUGUUUAUGGUUUGGUUUUUCUGUGAUUUAACGAAGAUUUUAAUAAGAAAUUCCGCAGAUGUAUUGCAAAGAAAACGUAGUUAUGAACUCUUUGAAAGUCUGACAAAAAAUUAUUUGAAAGUCGAACAAUCAGAAGAAAAUUUGCUUAUCUUCGAUGUUUGGACACCAAAAUCUAAAAUUUUGAUAAUACUUUGGGAAAAAUUUCAAAAGAAAAUAAAUUCGCCAUUUCUUGUCGCUGGUCAAAACCCUAGUUUCAUGACUGUUUCCUCUGUUUCCGCUGCUGGGUACUUAAAAAGAAUCAAAGAACAACAAAGAAAAACUACAAAGUUGAAUCCAAAUUGGACAAGUUAUGAAAUGUUUGUUCAUUUACUCGGCAAAAUAGUUCAGAGGUUUACACAGGAUGAUCAAAUGAUUCAAGUUCAAAAAAUUCUUGGAAGAAUUUAUACAAAGUUUCCAUCAUCUAAACUUCAAACAUUAAAUGAGAUUGGAAUUCACAAUAUUCUUCAACUCUUUAUCACAUUAUCAGUGUCAACAUCAUUUCAAUACAUUGCAAACAAAGUUUCGGAAACCAUGCUUCAAAUAUCAUUAGAAAAAGUGAAUCUUCAACAUCACAUGAUGAAAGGGCACAUUGCAAUGUUGAUAUUACAUCGUGAAAAUCAAAUGGAUAUUACAAAUUAUGCGAGUAAAUUAAUGACUCAGGUCGAACAAUUAACUAAGAAAGCAACUAAUAAUAGCAGUGUAACAUCUAUGUUGAAAAUUAUUGCUGAUGCAUUUCCAAUAAUCUUUUUACAUCAUCCUAAUGAUGAUGAAAAUGCAUUUGAAAAUGGUGAAGAAAUUCUACUUAAUUCGUGGAUUGUUAAAUAUUUAUCAAAUGGAACAGCCUCUGAACAAGAUCGUGUUUUUGAGUCUCUCACAAAAAUCAUUGAAAAGAUUCGUGAACUCAGAAAGAAAUCGCUUGGAUCAGAGAAACUUUUGUUGAUUUCACAAAAACUCUUCAACAUUUUACUUCCUCAUUGUGAAGAGAUUUUUGGAGAAAAUGAGUCGAUGUGGUUACCAGCAAUGAUUGCGAACCUUUGCUUGCUUGCGGACGAUUUUCAGGAUCAGGAUCCAAAUGACGUACCAAAGUUUGACGUGACUUUUAAGACAUUUCUUGAAAUAAAUUGUCUCAACAUCGAAGACGGAAUAAGAUUCUUAACAAUUAUUCUCGAAAAGAAUCACCAAUCGAAAUCCAUCGAUAAGCUGACAGUUAUGCAGUUUUGGAUUAAAAGUUCAAUUCUUAUAAGUAAUGGAAAUAAUAAUCAUUUAAAAGAAUUGACGAAACAUGUCAUGAAGUUUGAAGAUUUUACUUCGAUUUGUGAAACGGCAAAAAUUCAUCCAGCGGAGUUUAUCAACACAAAAGAACCACUUUGCAUAUUUAUUAGCAAUAUUGAUUACAGAAACGAUCCCCACAUUGGGAAAGUUCUAAAUGAUGUUAUCAUCAAAUGGGCGCCACUAUUAAAGAUUACAACAAACUCGAAAGUCGUCGCAAAACCUUUUAUCAUUUGUGUCAAUCUAAAGAAUACUGAAGUUGUUUCACUUGUGUUUUCAAAACUCGCUAAAGCUUUUAUUGCACUUCAAAAUCGUAAAGCAAGUCCGCAUGCAUCACUAAUUUUGACAGUUUUCGAAGAAGUCAUGAAUGUUGUUGAAGAUGAUGACAAUUUGGGAAGGUUCAAUAAUUCAUGUGAUU